CUUCAUGAGCUAGAGAGACACAACGUCGUGUCUGUGUGAAAACAUGGUUCUUCUUCGUGACAUGACACAUACAUGAGAGGAGGAUUGUAUGGUUACAGACGUGAAAAAAUAAUUUUUUGACAGAUCGUAAAACGUGUUGGAAGUGUAAAGACUGUAAGGGUGUUCAUCUUCGUGAAACUAUUGAUGACGAAGAAAUGUUUAUACGCCGGGUGAAAAAAGUGUGCCACUGGGGUCCACUUGCCGCUCUUGGUAUCAUCAAAACGAUAACCCUAAUGACAAUAUAUUGUAGUGGACAAUGGUGGUCACCUUACGAGAGUCCAUUAGCUGCUGCAAAUUUUUUGCUUUUUUUUAGUUUGAGCGGUUCCACGACAUAUCAUUUUAUGUGCGCUAUUAUUAAAGGUCCUGGAUUUCUUGAUCGAGGAUGGAGACCGGAAAAUAUUGGAGCCACGCAAUAUUUACAAUUCUGUUCCAUUUGUCAAGGGUAUAAAGCCCCCAGGUCUCAUCAUUGUAAAAAAUGUAGACGUUGUGUUCUGAAAAUGGAUCACCAUUGUCCAUGGAUAAAUAAUUGCGUGGGUCAUAAUAAUCACGGUCAUUUUGCGGCAUUUCUCGCAAGUGCAGUAGGGGGCUGCUGCGUUUCAACGGUUAUACUCGUCUCUUGGGUGACAACGGUACUCUUCAGUAGAAAUCUUCCAUUCCCUCCGCCAUCUGUGUUUAGUCUAAUUGUGGUAGUUUUUACGAUUGGUCUGUCCAUCGGCGUUGUUCUCGCUGUUGGAAUGCUUCUUUAUUUUCAAUUGUCAGCCAUUUUAAGAAACAAGACUGGAAUAGAAGACUGGAUUUUAGAAAAGGCUCAAACGAGACGAUACGGUUCGAAAGAUGUUUUCGUACAUCCGUAUUCAAAAGGAUGGCUUUUCAACGCUAAACAAGUAUUGACUUGGAACUGUCGCCCAACCGGUGACGGUAUUGUGUGGCCAGUAAUUGACGGUUGCGAUCAAUACACGUUGACCCGUGAGCAGUUGGCCCAAAAAAUGGAAAAACGAAGAAGGGCUCGUCGCUAUCGAGCAACGGCGCGUUAUUCUGGUUCUUGGGUACCGAUUAGCUAUGGAUGGGACGUUUUGUGUCAUCCCCCUUGCACCGACGAGUCUCGCAUAAAGCUCGAUCCUGCUGACGACGUAAUUGUAACAAGAUGGCGAAGGUAUUGGUUGUUUGGUGAAAAGCAAGACGGUAGAUCCACGGAUGAUCGAACGAGACGUCCCCGAGGCUGGUUUCCACGUUCAUGCGUUAUCGAGGUCAUAGCUAAUGGAAGCGAUUUUUCAUCGUAUUUGAAGCUCGAUUAGCCCAAUACCCAUUACAUUCGUAUACGUCAUGUGAUGAUAUGCAAAGUAUGCAAAUAAAAAAAUCGUAACGAUCGAUCAACACAGAAGAAACGGGUACGAGAAUUGUAAUUUUGUACAGUGUAUUAUGUAUAUAUUUAUAAACGGAGCGCGCAUAUUCUUCAGACAUUUUCGUUGUUCCAUCAAUGGCAAUCAGUCAUUUUUAUAUUUUUUUAGUUAUCAAGCAAAGCUGUAAAAUAAUGCGAACAAUAAAAGCGAUCAAUGAUGAUGAA